CUUAAGUCAUUUUCUGGAGUAACAUAAUCGCCUUGAGUAACUUCCACUUCUCAUACAGUAUAAAUAUAAUGAGAAUGAUGUGGGAUUUUACGCCCUGAAUCUUUAACUAUCAUCCAUCUGAGAGGAGACUGGUUUAAUGUCUGGUCAAAUAUUGUGAGCUGGAGUCACCUAUUAUAGUGUACGCCGGAGCUACCACAGGAUCAGCAGCCUCUUGGAUAUUCGUCCAAUAUGGGAAGAGAAAGAUGCUGAUAGCUACAUGCUUGAUGACUCUUACUGCAAUAUGUAUCCAAAUGUUUCAGAAUUUAUAAGCUUUCAUUAUUGGCCGAGGAUUUAUAGGGCUCUCAUUUGGCUUCUCAAAUGUAAUCGCCCCAAUUUUCAUCAAGGAUAUCAACAGUGAAGAGCUCCAAGGGCCCAUGAUAGCAUUAGUACAGUUAGUGAUUAACUGAGGAUUUGUUUCUGCUGCUUUGAUAUCUUUUUUCUUUCCUCCAUUUUAUCAAAUCUCUAGCACAAUUCCUAACUAUUGAGAACCGCUGGUUGAUAGAUAUGUACCAUGGAGAGAAAUAAUUGCCAUCCCUGCAAUAAUAGCCAUUACUGAAUUGGGAUGACUCAUGUUUGUGUUUAAGAAGGAAGAUCCAAGAUAUGAAGGGCAUCACCAACGUAUAUCUAUCUCAAUGGAGAGUACUAGUACUGUUGAAACAUAUUACAAUAAUGGUUCAAUCAAAGGCUCCUCUAGUGUCCAGGAUAUUUACAAAAGACAGCUUUCAAAGCUAGAAAAAGACACCUGGAAAAAUAUUUGAAGGAAAGAAGAGUUCAAAAAGGUUUUUACAGGCAGUAUCGUUAGGUUUCUCCAGCAGUUUAGUGGCAUAAAUAUAAUUCUGCAAUUCGCUUUUUUAUUAGGCUCCAUACCCAAAAUAUCUUCUUCAACCUUCACCUUAUUGCUGUAUUGUUUUCAUUGAUGGCAAGUUUCGUGGCUAUGUAUAUGCUGAAAUAAUGAUCAAAUAAAGCCAAUUUUGUUGGUUGGGACACUGAUAGCAUGCUUCUGUUCAUGCAUUCUAUUCCAAACAUUCCAAGAAAUGCCCAUUAUAGAUGUAAAUAUUCAGAGUCUUGGUGGUUUUGUCAAUAUUCUAAUGGUGGUGAUCAUUGUGUUAUUCGCAGGAGGAUUUUGGUUGACCACUGCAUCAGUGGUAUACGUCUAUGCAGCAGAAAUACUAACCGAUAAAGGAAUGUCAGUAUCAUCAGUUACGCAUCGGGGUUCGAAUAUCAUUAUCGGAAUCCUUCCUAAUUUUGGAUUGAACUUCCUUCGAAUUUCAGAGGACAAGAUCCAGUUCCAUGCAGCAUUAAGCUUCUAUUUCUUCCUUUUCAGUGGAAUAUCGAUCAUCGGGUUCUUCAUUAUCACAAUCUUUGUGAAAGAGACUAAAGGCAAGACUCGGCGUGAGAUCUCAAGAGACUUUAAAGAGAAUGACUUUGACAUACUGGCAUGGUCUUGCUACAAAUAA